AAAAACUAAGGCACUUGAAUCUUCACUCUCUAUCCUCUCUGCGUCUUUUACGAAAGUUUCUCGUCUUUCUCCUCCGAUUGAAAAAAAUAGUUCAAAGAAAAGGUAAUGGCACCAAACUCAAGGACUGCAAGAGCACUUGGGGCAAUGAAGGAUUUGGGUAUCCCUGAGGAUAAAACAAAACCAGUAUUAAAAAGACUCCUACAAAUCUAUAAAAGAAAAUGGGAGUUUAUUGAGCAAGAAAACUAUAGAGCCCUGGCUGAUUGUAUAUUUGAUGAAGAUGCAGAGCAGGUCACUCCUGAAACCAAUGAUGAAUCUGAUGAGACUGGUCAAAGACCAUUGAAGAAACUAUGUACACAACAUUCAGACAAUCCUAAAGUCUCGACGAAUGAAAAUCGUAUAUAUUGGACAAGAAGUAGAGGAAAACAAGUCUCGUCCAAUACAUUUCAGAAAGGUGUGUCUAACAGAAGUAAACUAGUUUUCAUAAGGGUAACAUCACCUGAUUAAGUUUGUACUAUAGCAGGCUACAGGAGCAAUAGCAAUGGCAAUGAC